UAACAAAUCAUCAUCGUCGAUCAGUCGAACUUUGAUUCUUUCGCAAGUAGAUCACAUACUUAAAUUUUUUGCCUAGAAACAAAUUUUACAAAAAUGACGGAAAUUCAAAAAUUUUUUGAUGGACACAAUUUAUUUAUCACAGGAGGAACAGGAUUCAUUGGUAAAAUUUUGUUGGAAAAGCUUUUACGAUCUUUACCAAAAAUUGGAAAAAUAUAUCUCCUGAUGAGACCGAGAAAAGGAAAAGAUAUUCAUGAAAGGUUUGACGAAUAUUUUAAAGCAGAAUUGUUUGACGUUUUGAAAGAAAAGGAUCCUAAUGCAAUAAAAAAAGUGAUUCCUUUAAGUGGAGAUGUGACAAAACCUGAUUUAGGUUUAUCAAAUGCAGAUCGUAAGAAGCUCAUAAAUGAGGUAUCGAUUGUAAUUCACUCAGCUGCUACUACAAAAUUUGAUGAACCUCUCAAUGUGGCUGUGUCUAUUAAUGUUAACAGUGUUAUAGAAAUAAUCAAACUUUGCCGAGAAUUAAAAAAUUUAACAGUAGCUGUACAUAUAUCUACAGCAUUUAUUCAAAGUACUCUUGAACGAAUAGAAGAGAAAGUAUAUCCAAUGCCUAUGACCUAUCAGGAAGUUAAGAAUGCAAUUGAAAUAAUAAAGCGACGAAAUUUGUCUAAAAAUGAUGAAGAAGAAUUUACUAAAAUAUUAUUAGGAGACUAUCCAAACACUUACGUUUUCACAAAAUCAAUGGCUGAAGGAAUAAUAAAUGAAACAGCAAAUGACCUUCCGUUUUGUAUCUAUAGAUUUCCAAUAGCAUUGGCAACUUAUAAAGAACCAUUCCCAGGCUGGGUUGAUGUUGCUCAAGGACUUAAUAAAGGUCUUAUGUGGUUAGCAAUGGGAAUUGUUCGCGUCAUAUUGGUUCCUGAUUUAAAAGAUCAUGUUUACUUUGUACCAGCAGAUUUUGUCGGCAAUGCCCUUAUAGCUUCUACUUGGGAUGCUGCCAAUAAAAGAAACAGAAAUACUACUACUACACUAUCAGUGUAUAAUUAUGUAAAUGGAGAAGAAAAUCCCCUUACUAAAGAAACAUGUGAAAUAAUUGCUCGCACUCGUGGUCCUAAACAUCUUCCAAGCACAGCCGUUUAUUUUCCUGAUGCAACUAAAGUCAAAUCAAGAAGAACAUUUAAUAUUUUAAAUUUCUUUGUUCACUUAUUGCCAGCUUUAAUUGGUGAUAUUAUUUUAAAGAUUUUAGGAAAAAAACCUAUGCUCCAUGAAAUUUACAAAAAAGGAAUUAAACUUUCUAAAAGCUUGGAAUUUUUUAUGGAAACAAAAUGGUUAUUUGAGAAUAGAAACAUUGAAGAAUUAUGGGAAAAACUUUCACAAGAUGAUAAAAUAUUAUUUCCAUUUGACAUGAAAAAUUUAAAUUGGUCGGACGUACUUGUAGAAGUGUGGAAUGGUGUUUUAAAAUAUAUAAUUAAAGAUGAUAUUAGUCCUGAAAGGAAAAGAAAAAAUCUUAUUCGAUAUUACAAAUUAAUGGCGAUACAUCGAACUCUCCAAGCUCUUUUUAUUACCUUUAUAAUUUGGUUAACAUGGAAAAUAUUUUGUGGUCGCAGCUUUUUUUCAUAAAAAUGUAGUAACUUACAAUAUAAAGGAAGAAAAGUUUAGUUACUUUUUAAUUCAUCGUUUUUAAAUUAAACAAAAUUAUUUUGAAUCGAUAUUACAUUUGUUAUUAAUUUUUUCAUAAAAUUCUCUUAUCAUUUUGUUUCAACUUUUCGAAUAAAAUAUAAAGAUUUUUUUGGAAAAA